AUGUCGGUGGUAGUGGAGGGGCGUUGCCAUGGUCACCGCCUCGCCUACAGUUCGCGGCCAACCAUGUCCGACGACAGAGUGGUCUUGAAGAGGAAGAUCACUCUGUUGAACGGCGUAGCCCUCAUCGUCGGCACCAUCAUAGGCUCCGGUAUCUUCGUGUCCCCUACCGGAGUCCUCAUCUACGCCAAGUCCAUCGGCCUCAGCCUCAUAGUCUGGGCCGUGUCCGGAGUGUUCUCGACUAUCGGGGCACUAUGUUAUGCCGAGCUGGGAACCUCCAUCACGAGAUCCGGAGGAGAUUAUGCCUACAUCUUGGAGGCCUUCGGCGAUCUACCUGCCUUCCUGAGGCUCUGGGUGGCACUCCUCAUUAUCCGACCGACGACGCAAGCUAUCGUAGCCCUAAGUUUCGGAGAGUACGCGCUUAAACCUUUCUUUCCGAACUGUUCGCCUCCAAAGUCAGCUGUAUCUCUCUUAGCCGCCGCUUCAUUAUGUUUCCUCACUGCGAUAAACUGCAUCAGCGUCCGCUGGGCGAUGGCUAUCCAGAACAUCUUCACGACCGCCAAGCUGCUUGCGUUGGUUUCGAUAAUCCUCGGGGGAAUGGUCCACAUCUGCCUUGGUAACACUAGCUACCUGGCAGAGCCGUGGAAGGGUGGGGAUACCGACCUCGCUAGCUGCAUGGUGUCACUCAGCAUGGCUCUCUUCUCCGGCCUCUUCGCCUACGGUGGCUGGAACUACCUCAACUUCGUCACGGAGGAGCUCAAGGAUCCAUACAGGAACCUGCCGAAAGCGAUAUGGAUCGCUAUGCCAAUAGUGACCAUCAUCUACGUUUUGGCCAACCUUGCUUACUUCGCGGUCAUCACGCCUCAGGAGAUGCUGCAGUCCCCAGCUGUUGCAGUGACAUUCGGAGACAGGAUAUUUGGCAGCCUGAGCUGGUCAGUUCCCAUUUUCGUCGCUCUCUCGACAUUCGGUGGAGUCAACGGGAUUCUCUUCACCUCAGGUAGGCUGUUGCUGAUAGGAAGUCAAGUCGGCCAUCUUCCCAAGAUCUUCUCCUACAUCAGUGUUAAGCAGCUUACUCCUAUUCCGUCCCUCAUUUUCAUGGGAGGAUCAUCUAUUGUUAUGGUGUGCUGGAGCGACGUUUACAUCUUAAUAAAUUAUUUCAGCCAAGUGCUCUGGUUUUCUGUUGGUGCAUGUAUCGCAGCUCUUCUCUACCUCCGCUGGGCGAGACCUGAUCUUCCACGGCCCAUCAAAGUACAUUUGUCACUGCCGAUCAUAUUUCUUUUGUGCUGUGCUUUCCUUGUAAUUACCUCAACCAUCUCAGAACCAAUGAAUACUGUGAUUGCUUUUUUUAUAACUACCUCUGGAGUUCCUAUUUACUACUUAUUUGUGAAAACCGAAAAAAGGUCUCUAUUUGUAGAGAGAACAAUGCGUGGUUUGACCAUUUGGCUUCAAAAACUAUUGGAUGUUAUCCCGCAAGAAAAUCUUAUAGACAAUUUAUAAGAUUCCUGUAUAUGGGAAGAAGCUAUGGAACACCUCUUCUGUUUAUAUAAUUUGUUCAUUUUGUAUAUUUUGCCUGUUUUAUGCUUUACGUAUAAGUAUUUUUUAAAUAAAAAUGAAUAAAUCAUUUAUUAAUUUUUCGUUUUUUUGUUAUUUACACAAACAAUCGUUUGAAUUUACAAUAACAUAUUCAAUAGAAAAUAUACAAUGUGUUAUCUAUAUAGUACAUAUCACAUCUGUGAUGAGUGAAUUAUUUACAUGAUUGUACAAUAAUAAGGAGAUCACAGCUCAGUCUUCAGUCUAUUAUCGUUGGCUUCAGUUUGUUCAUUUCCAUCUUU